UUCAUUCUUAAUACCAUUUCUAGUGUGGAGAGAAGCAGGCGCCAGGGAUAAAGUGUGAGAAAAACAGAGAAGUUUUUUUUAAAACUUAAUACUAGUCAGAGCUGACUUUACCAGAGUUUGCAGUUGUAGAGGUUUCAAAUCUUCAUCUGCAUUGCUGGUGAUUAGUGAUUUUUGAUUUUGAAUCCCUCCUGUUGCACUGUUUCACUUUUCUUAAUUAGCUUGCACACCAACAGGGAGCACAGAAGGGAAGAGCUGGCUACGAUUUUUGAAAAAGUCUUUUCGUCUGUUUCACGGACGUUAUUGGUCCUAUUUUUGUCUCAAGUUGGUGUCUUAACGUGAUUUUUAUAUCACCGGAAGCCAUGAGUUCCUUAGUAAUGAACACAGUAGGAGAUUGCAGCAGUGCAAGCUUUGACAUCAUCCAAAAACGGAUAGAGUCACUGAGCAGCAAGAUGGACAAGCUCAUCAACAUUCAAGAAAAGGUCCUCAACCGACUAGAUGGGAUGUCUCAGGACAUUGAUGGCAUUGAAAAGGAUAUGGAGGAAUUGAAGGUAGACAAGGAGGAGAUCCAUUUUCCACCCAGGAUGGUGAACCAGACCCAGGUCAUGGGGCGAGAGGUGAGGGAGAUAUGUCAGGAGAUGAGCACGGUAAUGUCGGUGGUGAACCAGCGGUCCGAGCAGCAGGCUCAGAAGCUCGAAGGGAUGGAAAAACUGGUCCUUAGCAUGCAGCAGAUGAUCAGCUUCAUUGGGGAGACGGUGAAGAGUUCCAGGGUUAUGGAGCUGAUGUUCAAAGGCCCUGCAGCUCGGAAGGGCUCUAAGCUCAAAGACAAUAAAGGCAAGCAAGCCAUUAAGAGGAAAUCAUCUACAGACACAAUAAACAAGAAGCCUGACAAGAAUCCUUCCUCUAAUAAAGCCAGUAAAGGGAAUCAGGAGAUAAUUCCUGCAUGUGAGCCCCGUUCUCCACAGCCUCACAAGAUAAAGCUCCAUGGACCAAAGCAUUUCCUCACCUCUCGUAAAUGUGGAAACUUUUUGAAGGACCACAAAGGUAAAGAUGGUGCAGAUAAGCCCUGUUUGAGCCCUAAGGGUCUGAAAGCUCAAAAGAAGAUGAAGCCCCCAGACACAGCAGAAAAUAUCUCCCUGAAGAAGCAGGUGUUGCUUCUAGAAGAGGUGCAGAAACUCAACCAGGAGAAUGCAGAGAAGUCAGGUCACCAGCUCACCCCUGGAUAUUUGGAUCUGGAGGCUGGAGUGUCCCCUAAAGAUCGACAGCCAGAUGCCCCUGCUUGCUACUUGUACCUGCGUGAGGAUUCCCAAGUGGCUGCGGCUGAGAAACUUGAGGCUGUUGAGGCAGUUAGUGAGGAGGAGGUUGGGGAAAAGGUGCAUGAGGCAGAGGCAGCGGUUACAGAGGAGGAUCCUAAGCCUGAUGUGGAGGAUCAGGUGAAAGAGAACGAUGAAGAAAAGCUCUAUGUCCCAGAGGAAAAGAAGGAAGAGGUUGCUUCUCCAGCUGAAGAAGUAGCCAAAACCUCAGAGUUCCCAGCUGCACAUGACGCCGAAAAAGAACUGACUGCUCCAAGCAGCGAUGACAACAAAGAUGCCUCCCCAUCUCCAGAGGCCGAGCAGGACCAAAUAUCAGAGGUCAGCAGCACAAGUAUCAAGUCCUUUGUGACUGAGGAACACUUUGUAGUGGAGGACCACACAAAGAGUCAGGUGGUGGUGGAGGAGCUGGAGGAGGAGGAGGAGGAGGAGGAGGAGAAGAAGAAGGAAGACAACAAGGGGGAUGACCAGAGGCUGAAGUCUGAGGACUGGGCCGUCUUCAGGGCAGAUGGAGUUGAAUUCCAGUUAAACCUAAAACAAAGGGUGAAGAGAGCAAGAAAGGAAAACGAUGCAGAAAAUUAUGCAGAAGAGGAGGAUGAUGAAGACGCAGAGCGGUACUUUAUUGACACCACUCCUCCUGCAGUGGCUCCUUUUAAUCACCGCAUCGUUUCUGCCAAGCCCAACCAGAUCAUCAACUUCUACACCAUCAACUGGCAGGAGGUCCUGGGCGGGGGUCGUUUUGGCCAGGUACACAAAUGUGUUGAAAACUCUUCCGGUCUCACUUUGGCAGCGAAGGUCAUCAAAGCCAGGAGUCUGAAAGAAAAGGAGGUGGUGAAGAAUGAGAUCCAGGUCAUGAAUAAUCUGGACCAUGCCAACCUGAUCCAGCUCUAUGCAGCUUAUGAGUCAAGGAAUGACAUCAUCCUUGUACUUGAAUAUGUUGGUGGAGGGGAGCUGUUUGACAGGAUCAUUGAUGAAAACUACACUUUAAUGGAGCUGGACGCUGUGGUGUUCAUCAGGCAGAUCUGCGACGGCCUGCAGCACAUGCACAAAAUGUACAUCCUACACCUGGACUUAAAGCCAGAAAACAUUCUAUGUGUGAGCAGAGUCACAAAUAAGAUCAAAAUCAUCGACUUUGGUCUUGCUAGGAUAUAUAAACCACGGGAGAAACUGCGAGUGAAUUUUGGCACUCCAGAAUUUCUUGCUCCUGAGGUCAUCAACUAUGACUUUGUGUCGUUCAACACAGACAUGUGGAGUCUCGGCGUCAUCACCUACAUGCUUCUGAGUGGUCUCUGUCCCUUCCUUGGUGACGAUGAUAACGAGACUCUGAAUAACAUCUUGGCCUGUAAGUGGAACUUUGAGGAACAAGAGUUUGUAGAUACGUCUGAAGAAGCCAAAGACUUCAUCUCCAGACUCCUCAUUGUGAAUAAAAGUUGGAGGAUGGGGGCAUCUGAGGCCUUAAGACAUCCGUGGCUAUCUGACCCAGUCCUUCAUCAUCGCCUUUAUACAAAGAAAACUAUGUGCAGAUCACGGCGAUCAUCAUGUGUGCCCACGACUGAUAGUUGAGGGCUACCAUGAUGUGAUGGCUCCAGCUGUGGCCACUUGGACCAAUCCUCUUGUCCAUCUAAAUUACCUAAUUUUCAGUCCACACACCUGUGGCAUGGGCUGAAAUUCUGGCUACCCCACAAACCUUUUCUUGACAUGUGAUCCACUGUGUUGUGUUAAUGUAAGCAAUAUAUACAAAAAACAAUAUACAGACAAAAAUAGUUUUGUUUAAUUGGAAUUUAAUAGUAGAUAGUCCCACCAUGCAUUAGACUGUACUUUCAUGAAAAUGUCUUUUCCUUGAAUACAAUUCAUAACUGUAAUGCAAGUGAAACAAAGGGUGAAUAAAAUAACAAGAACAUCUCAUAACAUUAAUCAAUCCAGUAAAUGUAAUAAAUGCUAAAUGCUUUGUGAAGCUGACCAUGUUCAGUAAUUGUUGAGAGUCUAGAUUGUUUGUAGUAGUGUAUUGGAUUGCAUUACUUUGUAAGGCGUUUGUUAUUUUUUCAUCCCCUUGUAUAUAUGGCAUUUCAAAACGAUGCUAAUGUCAUAAUCUGACCUAGCUUCAUUAGACAUGGAUUAUCAUAUAAGAGCUUGAUUGUGUGUGGCGCUUUUGCCUUGAAAGCAUGUGCACAUUGCACAUCUAAUCCACUUUGAAAUAUCCCCUCAAGUGAGCCACCCUCAUUUAUCUCUAACCAAAUACACUGUGCUGUUAUUGAUUGCUGCUGUUUUCAUUGUCUGUUGAUAGAUAACAACUUUACAUGUUUAGAAACAUACCUUGACUGCUUCUGUAUGAAAGCAUGAUUUGUAUUAUGUGACUGUAAUAAUCUGUGUUGCAUUUCUCUGUGCUCAGUUACAAAUAUUAUCCAAUAUCCUUUUUUGGGCUGUAAAUAAAUGCCGAACUGUAGAUUAAAAUUCAGGCUUUCUUAUAUCUUAGGGAACAGACUCCAUAAAAUUGCUGGAUGUGUUUUGUAUGUAUGGACAGAAUGGAAUUUGUGUGGUCUGUGUCAUGAGCUGUAUGUGCACUUUAUAGUGUUAAUUAUUCAAACAUAGAUUAUACGUGAAGCUACCAUAGUUCCAGUUAAAAGGCUUGUGUGGCCAGAUCUACCCAUAUUUCCUACAUCUUUUUCAUCCUGCUUUGUCCAGGUUUUUAGGUUUUUAUAAAGAAAAUACUUUUCUACUUUAUAACAAACGGUUCACCGACACAGUUUAUGUCUUAUCAGCUAAGUGUAUUAUUUUAAUUUUUUGUUGCAUGCCUUUAUGUGUUUUAUCAGCCAUUAAAUGCUUAAACUUGAUACACAGAAAAAUCAUUUUUUAAAACUUUUUUCUUUUUUUAAUUGUACUGUAUGCUUGAGCUGUCAUACCACUCUAGUGCCACUUUAGCUGCAUAUUCAUGCUACUGUAGAUGCUUUUUCCACAAAACAGUGUUAUCUUUGAAAUGCCUUCUGUGAAGGUCCAUUAACUGAAAGUAAUACACAACCUACCUAAUGUUGCCUAAGUAGAUCAAAUGUUGCUAGAACUACAUUUAUGUGGUUUUAAUUUAACAUCACAAUGAAUGUUACAUUAAUUGUUGUUGAACACAGAGUGCUAGUAAAAGAAGUUGUCCUCACCGAGUGUUAACAAUUUCAAAUUCAGCAUGUAUUUGUGAAGUGUGUACACAUCCAUUAAAUUGAAGUUGUGUCUUAAA